AAUAUGCAUAUGCUAAAUUAAGAGGUUAGUACAAAAUUAAUUUACACACAUAUUAAUGGAUAGAAAAAAAUAUUGAAAAAAACAUAAUAAAAAGGAAUAAAUUGAAAAACAAAAGCAAAAGUUGCCUAUAUAUAAGCCAUAAGGAACUAAUGCACGUGUAUUCAUAUCCAAUAUUAGUAGCUUUUGUUUUGAGUAAAGCUCCAUGGUUUCUGCUUCUUCAUGGUGGUGAGUUGUGCUUCAUUCCUUUCUUGCUCAUUUCUAUUUCCCACUUUUUUUUCUUUCUCUUUUACCUUAUUAAUGGUGUUAUUAGAUUCCACAACACUUUCUUCAUUAAAUUCUACUGCAUUGAAAAUGGCUUUGCUCUCUUUCCAGACCAUAACCAUUAAUACAUGCAAGUACAAUAAUAUUAAUGGAGGACUCCUGCCUUCUCUUUCAUUCUCUUCUAAUGCAAUUUCAAACUUAAACAAAUCUUAUUCUCACAGCAACUCAUGCAACAAAGCUUAUGCUUUUUCCAUUAAUUAUUAUAAUAACAACAAUAAUAAUAAUAGACCAUUUUUUCACCAACCUUUAGAUCAUCACAAAAUCUUUUCUCCAAAGCGUACAGGUCUACUUCUAGUGCCAUUCAAUGCUAAUAACGACUCAGAACCAGAAGGAGAAGGUACAGGAGGUCAUGAAGAAGACAUGAACGCCGUCGAAACAGUACUCCAGAGACUUUACUCCACCAUCAAGAGCAAAAAAGUUCAUGAAUUAUCCGACGUAAUUGGCCAUGAAUUUCAAAGUGUUUGCAAUUUUUUCUCAAACAGAUUUCAACCCUUUAAAAGGAAAAAGUUGCAGCAAGUGUUGGAUUUUUUCUUGCGUGCGAUAAUAACCUUGGGGAACCACAUUGAAUUUGUUGUGAAGCCAACAUUGCAAGAUGGAAUGAAUGUUGGUAUCAAAUGGAAAUUAGAGUGUAGAAAUAUAAGUGUGCCUCUAGGAAAGGGGGUCAGCUUACAUAUGUACCACGUUUAUCAUGGAAAGAUAGUAAUAAGGAAUUUAGAGAUGUUAUUGGAUCCGCUGCUUUCUGUUGAACCUUUUAACUUGAGAGCUAUAAGAUACGUGACGAGUAUAAUGAAAAAGUUGAGUUCUCUCUUGAUCUUCAGGGACAAAGACAAACCAACCGAUAGAAAUGCAUACAUUUUGCUCUCCCUCUUUAUCAUGGUUCCCUUUAUAAUAUUAUUCAGUUUAACUACGUAUUAAACUCUUAUUUUUUGAGCUUGUUUGACCACUUUGGUAGAUUGUGCUACUCCCUAAGACAGAAAUAACAUAUUUAUGUAUAUUAGCCAUUUCGAAUCAAAAAUAUAAACAAAUAUUUUCUUGAAUGGGAUCUCAGUAUGAACACAUUGUUUUACAAUAAUAAUUGUAGUAAAUUGUCUUGAGCUUGAUUCAACCAUGACGAUAGGUAACAAUAACAUUAACGUCCAUUACUAGGAAAAACAUGUCUAUAAUCUGAAAUAUAGUCUAAUCUAAUCUACAUGUUUUACAAUCAGUCAAAAACAACCUAAACAUUCCAAUUUCCAACAUCAAAUAAAGCAAAGACGCCGCUAAAAAGCAUUGGUUGUUGCCAUUUAACAAAGAUACAAGAAGUUGCAGUUAAAGCCAACAGCUUUUGCCAUCAAACAACAUACAUACACAGAAUGAUCCUUCCGGUCUGUACAGGGUAAAUUAUCGAUCUGUCACAGUUUUGAGGUUAGGCAUUAGAAAGCGAGAACCUCGUCGGAGUGAACUAGAAAACCUAGAGCAACAUGGUUAUGGCAUAAUUCAGACAAAGUCCUUGCCAUUAACCCUUGGUUCUAAACAUAAGUAAUGUAAAAAAAAAACAA